GCCUAGUAUGCGUGAGGCCCCUGAAUUGGAUAACCAGCACCACACACAAAGAAAACUUAGAACCAACCAGACAACAGAACUGUUUAAAGAGGAAUGCAGGGUCCCCCAGCAGCAUGUGCUACUCCUAGCUGCACCUGUAGCCCUCUUGUCCUCCAAGUACACUUCAUUUCUAUGGUCCCGAGAUCUGGGCUCUGGGAAAUGAUGGUGGUGGUUUUUCGGAUGCUUUCUGUAUUCCAGGCAAAUGUUCUAGGGACAUUUUUGAAACUUCCUUAUUUCAGUCGAUUCUCCCCCACAACCUCAGUAUAUUGACUUUACAGAAAAGGAAACUGACUUGCAGCUAAUUAUUGGUAGAACGGGAUCCAAACCCAGGACUGGGAGACCUCAAGUAUGCCAUGUACACACACAAACCUAAUCUUCCUAGGUUUUUCUCUUUCCUGGGCCACCAAGGUCAGACUGAUUUGACUUCAUUGGCACUUACUGGCAGAGAGAACUUUAACUCACUUGGCUUUCUGUGCCUUAGUUUUCCUGUUUGCAAAACAGAAAAUGUGUUUUCCUCGAAAGCCGGCUCCAGUACCCAGACUCAAGCUCCCCACUGCUCAAUGGACAACCCCAGCUCAGACCCGUUGCCUUCAACUUUGUCUGGGGAGGAAGAAAAACCUCUGGCCUUACUUCCUCCUGUUCCCCGGGGCCGCCGAGGCCGGCCACCAGGGGGAGUCACCACCUCCAAUCGGACUCUCAAGUCCUCCCUCCCUCGAAAGCGGGGCCGCCCCCCCAAAUCAGUGCAGGAAGCCCCGUUGGCAGCACCAGUGGACAGCGGUGGCAGCAACGAUCUUCUGUUGAUCGAUGAUCAGGGUGUUCCUUAUACAGUUCCAGAAGGAUCAGCAGCAGAUGGGCCCCAGGGCUCUGGCUCCAAGAGGGCUCCACACUUCUGUCCUGUGUGCCUGAGAGCCUUCCCCUACCUCUCCGACCUGGAGCGCCACAGCAUCUCGCACUCAGAGUUGAAGCCGCAUGUGUGCAAAGAUUGCGGCAAGACCUUCAAGCGGUCCAGCCACUUGCGGCGUCAUUGCAACAUCCAUGCCGGCCAUCGGCCCUUCCGUUGUGUGCUCUGCCCUCGUCGCUUCCGCGAGGCUGGGGAGCUCGCACAUCACCACCGCAUUCACUCUGGCGAGCGUCCAUAUCAGUGUCCCUCGUGCAGGGUGCGCUUCACUGAAGCCAAUACUCUUCGGCGCCAUUACAAACGCAAACACCCAGAGCUUGUGGGGAUGCCGGUGCGCCUGUGCCCCCCAAACCCAAGACCCCAACCGCUGUGGGAUGAUGAUGAGGGUAUGCCUGUUCCAGAAAGGGUGCAGGAAGAGAGUCCUGAAGGAAAGAUGCCUGCUUGGCCUGUAUCCUCCACCACUUCUCCCCUGUCUGGGUUUACAGCCGGGAGUUCAGCUGGUGCUGGGCAAGGGGAAGGAGGCCAAGACACCCUUAUUUCUAGUGGUACUCCCAUCACAGAAGGCGGUCGAAAGCAGGGACCUAAAUCGCUGGGUCCUGAUGCCAUCUAGCACCUUCCUUCGGACUGACAGGCUCUGGGAGGCAUGGGCUGUGGAAAUAAAUCCCUGCCUACUGA